AUGACAGUGACUUUGGAUGAUGUGCAUUCCUUAUUUCACCUUCCGAUUGCUGGCACAUUUUUUACAAUAGUUGAUAGGGACCAGGUGACGACGUUGCGCAUGGUGAUGAAUGCUUUAGAGGUUGAUGAGCUGGUUGUGCUUAAGGAGUUUGGUGACACUCGGGACUUUCACCUCAAGAUGUCUUGGUUGAGGAAGGUUUAUCAAGAGCUUGUCGAUGCAGGGAGGUACCAGGUUGCCGCUAGAGCGUACAUGCUACAUCUAGUGGCAUUUACGGACAAGUCUGGAGUUUAUAUAUAUGUCCGCUAUCUUUCUUUAUUCAGCGACCUUGACAUCCCAUGUUGGGCUUGGGAAGUGGCGGCAUUGACGAUGUUGUACACGGCGCUUGAUGUCGCAUCUCGUCCUGACACCAGACAGCUUGCUGAUUAUCUAAGCUUGUUACGGUGUUGGAUCUACGAGCACUUCCCUCACAUCUGUGAGCGGAAGACCCAACAUUGUGCGGCUGCUGACCAUUGUGCAAGGAGGUGGAAGGCCAGACAGAUCCUUUCAGAAGGGGUGAUUGAGUACAGGCGGAGGCUGAAUGCUCUGACGCUGGAUGAUGUCAUUUGGGCACCGUAUACAUGUCACCGCAAUCAUCUUCCUUUUGAUGUAUCUUUAUAUUCAGGGUAUGUCAGAUGGAAGAGCCAUGUGGCUAGACACUUGCCUGAGAGGUGUCUACGCCAGUAUGAGUCACAUCCUCAGCUCCCCCUUGAGAUCCUUGAUACACCCGUUGCGGUUCAGCAGCCUGGGCAGUGUCAGGAUGGAUACCUGGAGUGGUUCCCUAGUGUGUCACACCCUACGGUCAUACCAUCUGCCGCAGCGUCUGAUGUUCCAGAGCCUUCAAGUAUCAAGGCUUCUUCUGAUCCACCACCACCACCUCCACCUCCCGACAUGUUUCGAGUAGAUAAAGAAAAUAACAUCAAUAACAAACAAACAUAG